AUGUUGUUCUCUCUUUUCCUCUUUAUUCUGUAUUGUGUGGGUGUAUCAUGUCAUCUGACGAUCUGUACUCAAAUAAAUUCCUGUUCGUGUAUCACAAAUUCAAAUGAAACCAUCGACUUAUCUCCCUUAGCAUUAUCAGGAGGUGAUGCAAGAUUCAAAGACCAACAAGAUAGCUCUGGAUCAUACUACUAUUCAUGGAAUCCGUGUUAUCCUUUCACAGAAGACCCAACUGCGUGUGCUGGUGUAAUGGGUUGUCAGACGGAUAUGACGAAUUAUUUUAAUCUAGGAACGCCAGACAGUGCUAAAUUUAUCACUGAUACAUCCAAAGGUUUAAUUCUUCAAUAUUCAGCCACAACUGAUGCAGCACGAACUUUAGAUGUUAUACUGGUAUGUGAUGAAGAUACCGAAGCGUCAUUAUCAGUAGCGGGAGAAAAUCCACCCGGAAGUGCAACAUAUGAAAUGACGCUCACGAGUAAACACUGUUGUCUUAGAGCACCUACAACCCCACUACCAACAACUACAACAACGACUAGUUCACCACACCCAACAACCAUACAGCCAUGUCCAGCUCCAUUCGGUUAUGAUACCAUUAUUUGGAUACAAAUUGCUAUAUUUAUAAAAAUGUUGUUCUCUCUUUUGCUGUACAUUCUGUGUUGUACGAGUGUUUCGUGUAAACUAAUUGGUGAUUGUAUUAAGAUAAAUUCUUGUUCGUGUAUCACAAAUUCAAGCGAAAUUAUCGACUUAUCUCCCUUAGCAUUAUCAGACGGUGAACCAAGGGUUGUCAGACAGAUAAGAAAGCGUAUUUUAAUCUGGGAACCCAAGAUAGUGCUAAAUUUUACUAUAACCAAUUGA